AUGAAUAUAACAUCGGCUUUUAAUUCAUCCUCACCAUUUUAUUUUCAUCAUGAUACAAAUCUUACAUUAUUUCCUAUUGAACAAUCAACUAAAAGUGAAUUAAUCCAUAGUACAUUAACUACAAUUGCAACAACAUCAACAAUUACAACAACAACAACCAAUAUACUUCAACGUUUAUUUAAUACAACAAGAUUAUAUCCAUUACCACGUUUAGUCCACACACCACCACCACCGCCAACAACAUCAUCAUCUUUAUUAAAUAAAUAUUUUUUAUUUAAAUCACCAUUUAAUCGUACAAUGCGUAUUGCAGAAUUAUCUAUAUUAAGUUUAACAUUACCAUUAUAUGCGAUUGUUUUUAUACUUUUUAUUGAACUAACUGUACAACGUAUAAGUAAAAAUACGGCUAUAUCCGGUGGUAAUUCACGUACUCGUACUCAACGUCGACGACAACGUAUGCGUAGUCUUAUUUGGACAUCAAAUUAUUUACUUGUUGAUUUUCUUGGUCUUUUAUAUGAACUUAUCUAUGUAAUUAUACAUUUAACAGGUGAUUUAGCACUUGAUUCUUUAGCAGGUCGUUUUUAUUGUCAAUUACAAGUUUAUCUUCCAUUAUAUUUAACUGUUCUCAUGGCUUAUAGUUUAACAGCAAUAUCUGUAUAUCGUCGUCGACAUUUUGUUAAUUUAAAUAGUCAGUCGGCAAUAUCAACAGGUCGAAGUUUUAUAUUAAUUAUUGCUCUAUGGAUUAUGCCAAUAAUAACAUCAAUAAUGCCAGCAUAUUUAUUAACACAUUUAAAUAUUUUACGAAUAACACAACAUGAAAUAACAAAUGAAUGUCAAAUAUCUUAUACAGGAUCAACUGCUGUUGCAAUUUAUAUUAGUUAUAGACUUGGUAAUAUAUUUCUUCUUCCAUUAUCAAUUUCAUUUGCUUGUUAUUUAACAAUAUGUGUUGAUUUAAUACGUAUGCAACGACGUUUUACUAAAACAUUUAAACGUCAUGUACAUAUUCGUAAAAAUCUCAUAUUACAAAUUUUAUUUUUAUUUCUUAAUUUUGCUGUUUUUUGGUUACCAGCUGAAAUUAUAACACUUUAUACUAAAAGUCGUCUUCUUAAAGAUACUGUACAAGUAACAAAAUCAUUAAAUAUUCUUCUUGAUCCAUUAAUAAUAACUGGUUUUGAUACACGUUUUUCAUCUGCAGCACAACAUUUCUUAUCGAAAUGGCGUCUCGAUGAAUUCAUGUGUUUUUUCAGUACAAAUAAACAAAAUCCUUCAUCAACAGCAUCAAGUCAAUUAAUGACAGUACGUUCAGGUACAACAUUAAAACGUUUAAAAUCAUCAACAUCAAAACGUAGUACUCAACAAAUGCCAUCAGUUACAUGGAAUUUAGCCGAUGAUGAUGAUAUAACUGUUUUAGAAUCAACAUCAAAUCAUAUAUCAACUGUACAUGAACAUCCAUCAAAAACAGGUGUACAAUCAAAUAUUCAAAGAAAACAACGACAACUACAAAGAAGAAGACGUCAGCAACAAUUAAAACCUAAUAAAAAUCAAAUGGAUCCGUUAUCAAGACAACAACAAAGACCACAAAUUAAAAAACCUGUUAAUCCGCAACAAAAAGGAUAUGUUUUAAAAAAAAAUAUUUUUCCCUAA